AGAUGCGGAAAUACACAAUUCCAAGAGAGAGAGAGAGAGAGGAGGGGCUAGGGUUUUGGCGUCCGAAAUCGCAGACAUCGACGCCGCCGCAUCCAACUCCGGCGAGCAAGAAGAUUUGCGGCGGCGCGGCCCCUAAUCUCCUCUCUCGGCAGCGCAGAUGGCGUCCGGCGGCCCGGCGCUCGAGUCGCUCGUCGACCAGGUCAUAUCCGUCAUCACCAACGAUGGCCGCAACAUUGUGGGCACGCUCAGAGGAUUUGACCAGGCCACCAACAUUAUCCUCGACGAGUCCCACGAGAGGGUCUAUUCUACGAAGGAGGGAGUCCAACAACUUGUUCUCGGUUUGUACAUUAUCAGAGGAGACAACAUAAGCGUUGUGGGUGAGGUGGAUGAAGACCUGGAUGCAAGGUUGGAUCUGUCGAAGCUAAGAGCGCACCCGCUGAAGCCGGUCAUCCACUGACCGCUGCUACGAGAUCAGAUGCGCUUGUUUGCUGGGUGGCUUGUGGACUGUUCUGAUUAUUGUUGAAUGCGGGAUGUAGCAUCGUCGUCGAGGGUGACUGAGUAAUAUGAACACUGUAUCUUGCUUACUAUUGUGAAUCAAUGAAUGUGUGUUGGGUUGCACGUA